UUCCCAGCUCUGGCUGCCUAAACUUUACAGUCAGAGAGCUGGAGAGCCAAGAGAGAGCCGGAGCCCCAUCUAUAGCGGAGCCUGCACCGUGCCCGGCCGGGACCAGCAUCCACUGAGGAUUGUCCUGGAAAUAGGAUUGCCUGGACCCUGCACCCCUGGAUUGAGGGCCACUGCAAUGACACCCCGACUUUGUCUUCUCAUCAGUUGAGGGGUCGCUCACUCUCCGGAACCCCCCCAGAUCCCAGUGCUCUCUGAUGGACGGUGGACUCAGGUUGUGACCAGCAUAGGCUUGCUCUCUGGGGGUGCUCCCUACUUCACUGGAUUUACUGGAAGGAUCAAUUGCUCUCCUGGGACCCUCUACUUUCCAUAAUACCCUUCCUACUAUCACCUGGCACAGGACCCCCAUAUCAAGGAAAAGGGGGGUCCUCCUUGGCACGGAGCUGCAGACCUGCAACAAAGAGGAUCUCCUAUUUUUUUGGGUGUUUGUUCUGCACUCCAAGGAACCUGUAUCAGUCUGUGCCCCCCACAGGGAUUAAAUACAAAUCCUCACCCCAGUGCUCUAAGGGGGGGGUCUGUCAUUAACUGGGGCUCAAGUUCAAUUCUGGAUUUACCCCCCAACUAGGAUUAUCGCAUUGUCCUGCAAGUCCUAACCAUGGGAAAGACAGCCUUGGGACUUUUGCUGAGGUCGGGAAGUUUUGGGGUUCCCGGGGCAGCCAUGGUGUCUAGAUAUUUGCUGCUUGUCCUGCUGACUUUGUCUUGUAUCUCUCAGGUGAUGGUGGAAGCAAGUUCAUGGUGGUCACUUGCAAUGAACCCCGUCCAGCUCCCCGAAGUUUACAUUAUUGGGGCUCAGCCCCUGUGCAGUCAGUUAUCGGGGCUCUCCCAGGGCCAGAAGAAGCUGUGUCUGCUCUAUCAGGACCAUAUGCAAUAUAUUGGGGAUGGAGCAAAGACUGGGAUCAAAGAGUGCCAGUACCAGUUCAGACACAGGAGGUGGAACUGCAGCACGGUGGAUAACACAUCGGUGUUUGGCAGGGUUAUGCAAAUAGGGAGCAGAGAGACUGCCUUCACGUAUGCCAUCAGUGCCGCUGGAGUGGUGAAUGCAGUUAGCCGAGCUUGCAGAGAGGGGGAGCUCUCAACUUGCGGCUGCAGUCGGGCAGCCAGACCUAAGGAUCUUCCCCGGGAUUGGCUGUGGGGUGGCUGUGGAGAUAAUUUAGAUUAUGGCUACAGAUUUGCCAAGGAAUUUGUGGAUGCCAGGGAAAGAGAAAAAGUCCAUCAAAAAGGAACGUAUGAGAGCUCCAGGACUCUGAUGAACCUGCACAACAAUGAAGCUGGAAGGAGGGCUGUAAGUACAUUGGCGGAUGUUGCCUGCAAAUGCCAUGGUGUAUCUGGUUCUUGCAGCCUGAAGACAUGUUGGCUGCAACUUGCUGACUUCCGGAAGGUGGGAGACCUUUUAAAGGAGAAAUAUGACAGCGCUGCAGCGAUGAAACUAAACAGCAGAGGGAAACUUGUGCAGGUGAACAACAAAUUCAACUCCCCCACCACGAACGACCUGGUUUACAUUGACCCAAGUCCGGAUUAUUGUGUUCGCAAUGAAAGCACUGGUUCUUUAGGUACCCUGGGAAGGCUGUGCAAUAAAACAUCGGAGGGCAUGGAUGGCUGUGAACUUAUGUGCUGUGGUAGAGGCUACGAUCAGUUCAAAACUGUUCAGACUGAGAGGUGCCACUGCAAAUUUCACUGGUGCUGUUACGUCAAAUGCAAGAAAUGUACCGAGAUCGUUGACCAGUUUGUAUGCAAGUAAGGCACAGAAAACGUGGACUACGAACAAUAUUGAAUAUCUGCAUUAAUUUAUAGAGGUCACUUAGGAGUUGCAAGCAUACAGCAACUGGAUCCAUUCUCUUUAAUUCACUCAGCCGCUCUUGGGGGUAAAAUUUAUAAAAAGAACAAAAUAACGGAGACGAUGAACUGAAAAUAUUUAUUUACAGAAAUAAAGACUUUUUAUAAGUAUAUAAUUAGAUAAAGACCGAAAAUGCACGGGAUUUAGAAAUUGUAUAGUAGGUAAAGACAAGUUUAUAUGGAAAAGAGUAAAAAGCAAGGACAGAUGGCCAAAGACUUUUUUUUUUAAAGAUUGUAUUUAAGCGGUUUAUGGAGUUUUUACUCCUAAAAUGCUCAGAAUUAUGUCCAUCAGAUACAGAAGGUGUUUUUUUUUUUUUUUUCUGGCAACAUUUUAUUUUCAUAAAAAAAAAUACUAUUUGUGUGAUACCUCUUGAAAAUGUUGGGAUUGCACUUUGUACUUUUACUUAACGUCUUAUUAGUUUGGUUUAACAUAUUCAUACUCAGACAGUCAAACAUUUUACAUAAGUCAGAUCAAAAAUACAAAUUACUUUUUUUAAUGAUCACAGUUAUUAUACUGGUUAAAUAAGGGGGAACUAUUGAUCACCUCUAUUUUUUGUUUUAUUUUAGGAUGUAUUUUUUCAGUUUAAAUAUUUCAUCUGCUUGUCUCAGAUAAGUGGCUGCACAUUACUCAAAGAAAUGUAGUCAUAUCUCAUGCUGUACGUAGUUUAAAAUAUUUAAAGAUCCACUUCUUUAUGAGCUAAAGCCAUUUAAAUAAUACAAAUUCCUAAUAUGCAGUUUUUUUUUAACAAGUCAUAUGUUACAUAAUAUUAAUACUAUACACUAAACUUUACAUACCACAUGGUAACAUUUAUGGGAAGUUGUGGUCUGCUGUUUUCUAUUUCAAAGCUUUUGUGACUAUAUGUAUAUAUUCCUAAAUUUUGCCAGUAAUUACAUGUAUUUAUUUACCUAGGCAACUUUUUCCUUUUUUAUUUCAUAGUGACAUUUUUUUAUUUAAAAAAAAAAAAAAUCAUUUUGACAUUUUUAAUGACACAUUAUACAGCCUCCUAAUCCUUGGUGUCCGUUUUCAAAGGGCUUGUUCUGAACACAUUAAAGCACAUAUUGAUAAAUGUUUCAUGGGCUGUAGGGUAUAGUGGAGUGUAGUGAAAGGGACAAAGGGUGAGUUUCACAAAGUAUAAUGCACUUAAAGCCAUUUUCCCCCCGCGGUAUCAUUACCUCCUUUUUGGAAGGGCAUUAAACACAAGCAAUAUUUUUUUAAAACAACUGUUUUUUAAAAAAACAAACAAAAAUGUGAUUCAAAAAAUGUCCAGAUUAUCCAAAAGUCCACAAAUUGAAUUUCUUUCUUUAUAGCUGAGACUUUUUUGUGUUCAUUAAAACUUCCAUCACACCAUGGAAACAUUUUCCCCCUUACUACUUUUAAAAUGAAACAAAGAAAACAAAUAAUUUAUUACAAAUGCACAGCAAAUGUAGGGAGCUACCAUAAUGCAAAAUUUUUAGCACUGCAAAAGUGAAAUGUUUUGGUUUUAUUAUGGGAAAAAAAGUAUUUUAUAUUUUUGACAGCAAGAUUAUUUUUUCUUGACAAAUUUUGUUUUACAGACAGAGCAAAAUUUACCAAUCCACACUAUUCAUUUGAAUUAUUUAAUGUAAGAUAUUUUACUUGUCAUCAAGAAAUGUAAAUCUAUGUUUUUCUUUUCUUCUGUAUGUUGUACAUGUAAUGUACAUAUUUUGCAGCCCUAUAUAAUUUGUAUAUUUUUAUGGCUUAAAAAAAAAAGAGUUCCAACAAAAGGUACAUGGCUUAUGCCAUAAUGAAAAACAAACUACAAAAUAAAAAAACUGUUUAUUAUAAA